AUGUCUAUUAAGUUUGUCAUGGGAGGGUCUACAGUGAAUGUUAUUAGUACAUAUGCCCCGCAAGUAGGUUUGGACGAAGAGGACAGAAAAGAAUUCUGGGAGGUUUUAGAUAAGGUGGUGAAGAGCAUCCCGAGCACUGAGAAGCUUUUUGUUGAAAGGGAUUUCAAUGGGCAUAUUGAGUAUUUGCCGAGAGGAUAUGAUAAUAUGUAUUUCAAUUUUAGUUUUGGUGUAAGGAAUGAAGGAGGAGCUUCUCUGUUAGAUUUUACUAGGGCUUUUGGUUUGUGGAUAGAAAAUUUGAGCUUUCCAAAGAAGGAGGAUCGCAUUAUUACAUUUCAUAGUUCAGUGUCCAAGACUCAAAUAGACUUUUUGCUUCUUAGAAAAGGGGAUCAAGCGCUAUGUCAAGACUGUAAAUUCAUACCUAGCGAGAAUCUCUCGAAUAAGCAUAGGUUGCUCGUGUUGGACUUAGUUAUCAAUAAGGGCAAAAAGAAGAGAAGUGGGGAGGCUCAGCCCAGGAUUAAGUGGGGUAGCUUGACUUUGGCUAGUACUUUGGAGAUGGAGGAUAGGUUUAAGAAUUUGGAGGAGAAAGGUGGAGAUAAGAAGUUAUAUAGGAUAUCCAAGGCUAGGGAGCGUAGGGCUCGUGACCUUGACCAAGUGAAGUUCAGCAAAGUAGAGGAUAGUACAGUGUUGGUUGAGAAUGCCCUCAUUAGGGAGAUGUGGCAGUCCUAUUUUCAUAAACUUUUAAAUGACAAUGGGGCAGAGGUUUUGCGAUGA